GUUUUUCACUUGUUCGUGGAUGCACACGUUCAGUCUUGGUUUGAGUCUGAUCAUGAUCAAUAAUAUUAAUGAAUGACAUCAUCGGACUGAUCGGAGUGUGAAGCUGCUGAUUGGCUCAAAUUAGCGACACUAACGAUGUCUCUCUCUUCAUGUUUUUUUCGUCCUCACUCGUCCUGCUCGUUGUUAAACCGUCAAAUCUUCUGUCUCUGCUGCUGCGGCUCUCUGCAUGUUGACCGUCUGUUCUGACUGACAAUCAUUCGUUCUUUCUUUCAUCCGUCCAUCUCUGACUCAUCUGUGCAUGUCUGCAUCUGUCCUCGGCCUGUCUUUGUGUCUGUCCGUCUCUUUGGUGUCCCUUCCUCCUGUCCUGAAACCUUGUCUCACCUCCUUCCCUCUUUUUUCCCUCCCCUCCUCAACUGUCCCGCGUUGCAUCAUGGGACAUGUAGGCUUCUACGGUCUGGAUGAGUCCGACCUGGACAAGGUUUUUCGGCUGCCCACCACCACCUUCAUCGGAGGCUCGGAUGGCGCCCUGCCGCUGAAGGAGAUCAUCCGCCGCCUUGAGAUGGCGUACUGUCAGCACAUCGGCGUGGAGUUCAUGUUCAUCAACGACCUGGAGCAGUGUCAGUGGAUCAGACAGAAGUUUGAGACUCCGGGAGUGAUGCAGUUCACUCUGGAGGAGAAGAGGACGCUGCUGGCCCGCAUGAUCCGCUCCACCAGGUUUGAGGAGUUCCUGCAGAAGAAGUGGUCUGCAGAGAAGCGUUUUGGUCUGGAGGGCUGCGAGUCUCUGAUCCCGGCUCUGAAGACCAUCAUCGAUAAAUCCUCUGAGAACGGGGUGGAGAACGUCAUCAUGGGGAUGCCUCACAGAGGUCGUCUGAAUGUUUUGGCCAACGUGAUCCGUAAAGAACUGGAACAGAUUUUCUGUCAGUUUGACUCCAAACUGGAAGCUGCUGAUGAGGUAACUGACUUUUAUUCAACUUCCUAAAUUUGUUCGACAGUGCGCAGCGGUGAGGAGUCUGAGCUGCCUCUGCCUCUUCCCUCGCCCUUCAGUUUCCUCUCCUCCAGGGUCGACUGAUACCGAUUAUUCGCGGUCAUUGCGCCCGAUGACUGACACUCGUUCACAGCACAAAAACUACAAA